CGCCCCGCCCCUGCGGAGCCGUGCCAGCGUAGUUCCGGGUGAGCCAGCCCAGACCGCGCGUGCGCCGUUGUGGCUGAUGCUGUGGCUGUGCGGCGAUGGAACCCUGCGAGCUGCAGAACGAACUAGUGUCAGCCGAGGGCCGGAACCGGAAGGCGGUGCUGUGCCAGCGUUGCGGCUCUCGGGUGCUGCAGCCAGGAACUGCUCUCUUCUCUCGCCGGCAGCUUUUCCUCCCCUCCAUGAGAAAGAAGCCAGACCUGGCCGACGGCAGCAAUCCUGAUGGCGAUCUCCUCCAGGAACACUGGCUGGUUAAUGACAUGUUCACCUUUGAGAACGUGGGCUUCACCAAGGACGUGGGCAACAUCAAGUUUCUGGUCUGUGCAGACUGUGAGAUUGGACCCAUCGGCUGGCAUUGCCUAGAUGACAAGAACAGCUUCUAUGUGGCCUUGGAACGAGUUUCCCACGAGUAACUGAGGGGAUCGGGACUUGGCUCCACCCUAGCUAUAAAGCUCUCCCCACAAGAACCAACACUGGACCUGAUGCGUCAGCUGUGCUGCCAGACUUCUUGGUACUAAUCUAAAUGGUGUUUGCCCUUGAACCUGCAAAGGGCUGGUCCUGCUUCCGUCGGGCCUCAGAACAUGCCUGCCACUUAGUCCUCUCUAUCACAGCGUGUCCUGAAGCCCUUUCCCCUGUUUGGAACAUGGAAGAACAUGCAACUACUCUACCAGUGCAGUCUGGUCCCUGGCACUCCGCCGCCACACCGUGACCCAGGCUCUCUUCUCAACAAGAACAGCAUUUGUCUUUUUAGCCAUGAUGACAGGAAGUCCGAUGCUCCCUCAGUAAUAGUUGAAACUCCACUUUUUCUCAUUCUAGAAGCCAAGUGUAAUAGGGUACACAUCUGUAAUCCUCGAUCUUGGGAGGUAGAGGCAGGAAGGUCAGGAGUUCAAGGCCAGAUUCAGCUACAUAGCCUGGGCCAGGUGAGAGUUGUCUCAAAAAAACAUAAAGCAUACACGUAUUUAAGAGUAACUUCAUUGUAUGUGACCUACUUAUCCACAGUAAUUUAUUCUUUUUAAAAGUAAAACAUUUACAAAUGUCAGUAUUUAAACCUAUUCAGAAACACGUUUUUCAGUACUGUGCUUGUGAGACUUUCUUCUGGGUUGACAGUGGCAUUUUACAGUGAAGAUGAGCAUGACCCUUCUCCCCUCAGAUCUCAUCAGGUUUCUCUUUUUAUUAGCUCCUUGCUACUGCAGUCUGUGUUGUCAACCCUAAGGGAAACUCGGCCAUAGCUAUGUAGCAGGCUCUCUUGGAAUCAGAGUAGAGAGUGUAGGAUAGACAAGAGGUAGGCCUUGGCCAGAUCAUACCUGGGUUAUUAGGAAAGACUUUUUUAAUGGUGGCUCUGCCACCUUUCAUUAAAUAUAGGUUUUGGGAUCCUCAGGAUGUUGGUUCACUUGGACUGUCUAUACCGACCCAGAAUGCAAACCUUUUCCACAGAGAUUCCUACCGUUACAGACUUGGUGUCACCUUUUCUUAUUAGCCAACUUAAAUCUUCAACAUGAUUCCCAGUUACUUUGUCAUUUCUCUUCCAGAGUGAUUCAGUCAGUAGCUUAAAAGGACUCUGUAUAAAUGGGUUCAAAUACUUUGUCAUCAUCCCUUCCUCUGGGGGCCUGAAUUGAGAUAAGUAGAGACCUCAUUAUUCCUCAUAAUGCUAGUGCUUAGAAAGGGAGGGCAGAUCAAGAGUUCAAGGUCAGCCUCAGUUAUGUAUCGAAUUCAAGGCCAGCCUGUACACCAUGAGAUUUUGCUUCAAAUGAACAAACAAACACACACACACACACACACACACGUAGGAAUUGGAGAAAUGACUCACAGUUAAGAAUGUUUGAUGCUCUUUCAGAGGACCUGAGUUCAAUACCUAACACCCUCAUGGAAGGUUCACAGGUGCCUGAACUCCAGUUCAAGGAGGUCUGCACCUUCUGGUUCCUGCAGUUGCCUGCACCAAUGUGGCGCACAUACAGACAAGCAGGCACACACAUACAAAUAAGUAAAUAAAAAUUUUACAGAUUAAACAAAAGUUUCUUCCUUGGCAUCUGUUUUCUGGGUGUUCUUUCCUCACUGAAGCUUUUAAGGGCUCCCUCUUAAAGUCCCUUUUAACCUUGUCUUGGGCAUAGUUGUACUGGCACCCUGCUCAAUUCCUCCCCCAGAGUCUGAAUCGGCUCUAAGUGGCAAAGGAGAGACCACAUUUUCCAGACAAAUAAGCACUUGCAGUGUGGCAUUUGCAGGAGGGCAGCUGAGACGGCCCGCCUGUCAGAAGGAAUGACACAGAAGUCUCUAGGGACACGUGACCACUCACUUCACAAUUCAAGGACCUGAACUAAACUAGGCUUUUAAUUCUGCCUCCUUUUAAAAUCACAGAGAUGAUACAUAGUUGUUAUAAGAAUCAGUAUGAGGUUUUAAUUAACUCACAGUUCCAUUGGCCAGAGCUUGCCAGUGGUAAUGUGUAUAGCCUCAGUGUCUUUCUAUAUGUAUAUGCAAAUAGAGUUUUCAAAGCAAACAUGAGAUCAUACUGUACUCUUUUAUAACUUGUUUUCUGCUUAACAGAAUAGGGACCGUCCUCCUUGUCAGUACUCCCAGCCGUGCACACUAUUGAUAGUGUCCCAUGGUGGUGCUGGCUGAUGCUGUCAACCAUCCCCUGUUGUGUUGCCUGUAGUUGCUCAUAACAAUGACAUAGCAACAAGGGUACUUAACUGUGCAUCUCUGCCUGUAGUUCCUUGGCUUUUGUCACAGAAGCAGAAUCGAGGGCUAAGCACGCUGUCAUAGCUUUGCCUAUGGACACAUUCUUCAAAGCGAACUGGCCAGUAUCGCCCCCGCCCCCCCUGCAGCAGAGUGAGAGAGUGUUCAUUUUCUGCCGGUAUUUUUUUAUCAUUAAAUAGCCACUUUCACUUUUUAAAGUGUCUUUUGUUUUAUGUGCACUUCUGGUAAAAAAAAAAAAAUUCUAUUCCUGCUGGCCACAUUCUUUGUUUGUUUGUUUGUUUGCAGGGUGAUGGUGGGGAAAAGUGGUUUGAGGCGGAUUCCUCCAUCGUAGGCUUGGCCAACUUGGAACUUACUGUAUAGACCAAGCUGGCCUCGAACUCCGCUUGUGUCCUUUUUUGAGAACUGCCAAACAUUGUUGACCCAGUGACCAAAAAAAAAAAAACAAAAAACCUUAACUGUUCUGUCAUUUCAGUUUGAUGUGAAUGAAAUAAAGUCAUUUUAACAGUGAGGUUGGAGUCCUGUCUGUCCUUGGGCAGAGUACAUACAUACUUUGUGAGCAGAGGAAAGUGCUUC